AAAAGCGAUGACAUUAACAGUGUACCUAAUCCUUUUUGUAUCUUUCGUAUUCUUUUUCAAUCAUCUCCUCAAAAAAAGAAGAAAGUCAUCAUCAAAUCUUCCUCCCGGCCGCUACGGAUGGCCAUUAAUCGGAGAAACUUUGGAGUUUCUCCGAUUAAACCGGGAGGGAAAGUCGGAGAAAUUUGUUCAGGACAGAAUGGAUAAGUAUGAAUCUGAAGUUUUCAAGACAUCAAUAAUGGGUGCAAAAAUGGUGGUAUUGUGUGGUCCUGCAGCAAACAAGUUUUUGUUUGGAAACCAUAAUAAAUUGGUCACAACUUGGUGGCCAACUUCUGUGAAACAGCUGCUUGGGAAGAGUUUGACUAAUAGUCAUGGGGAUGAAGCUAAACAUUUGAGGAAGAUGUUGUAUUAUUUUGUUAGUCCAGAUGCUUUCUCAAAGCUCUAUAUUAAGACCAUGGAGUUCACUACUCACCACCAUCUUAAGAAUUACUGGCAAGGCAAAAAGGAGGUGAAAGUUUUUCCAACUGUCAAGUUACACACAUUUGAUUUGGCAUGUCGCCUAUUCAUGAACCUUGAAGACUCAAAUCGAAUUUCAAAGCUCUUCAAUCUAUUCAACAUUUUCUUGAAAGGAGUCAUAUCUAUAGCCCUAAACAUUCCUGGAACUAAAUUUUACUAUGCAAAGAGAGCAACAAAGACUAUCCGUGAAGAACUUGUAUUAAUUGUGAAGGAGAGAAGAGAGGCCGUAGAACAGAAAUUAUCAGAUUCUCCUCCACAAGAUCUUUUGUCACAUUUACUUCUAUUUCCGGAUGAGAAUGGUAAAUUCAUGUCCGAACUAGAGGUAGCUGAUAACAUCCUCAUGAUGAUCUUUGCCGGCCAUGAUACCACCACUGUUACUAUAACAUUAGUGAUGAAGUAUCUCGCGGAGCUGCCUCAUGUUUAUGAAAACGUUUUACAAGAACAAAAGGAGGUUGCAUUAUCAAAAGGAGGAAGGGAAUACUUGAAUUGGGAUGACAUACAAAAGAUGACGUAUACAUGGGAUGUAGUGUCUGAAGUUCUCAGGUUAACAUCACCAAUUAUUGGAAGCUGGAAAGAAGUACUAGAGGAUUUUAACUACCAAGGUUAUAGCAUUCCAAAAGGAUGGAAGAUAUAUUGGAAUGUCCCUGCAACACACAUGGAUCCUAAAGUGUUUCCCGAUGCUAAAAACUUUGAUACAUCAAGAUUUGAAGGAGCAGGACCAACACCAUUUUCAUAUAUUCCAUUCGGAGGAGGGCCUAGAAUGUGCUUGGGGAAAGAGUUUGCACGACUGGAGAUUCUUGUUUUUAUCCACAAUGUUGUCAAGGAUUUCAGAUGGAAGUUAUUGAUUCCAAAUGAGAAAAUCGAAUAUGAUCCCAUGCCCACACCAAUUGAAGGACUUCCUAUUCUUCUUCAACCCUCAGAAGAUAUUUCUUGAUCACUUCCCUCCCAUUCUAGUUGCCAGUGAAAGAAAAAACGACACUAGAUAUUAGAAAUGAGCACUCAGUGUCAAUGCGCUUCAAAAGAGCCAUUCAUGUACAAUCCAUAUUGGAUCUGAUCAACUGCCCAUCCUAUCUUUUUUACAUUUUGACCCAAGUAAGAAAAGUUAUGUUCAUAUAUCUAGAAAUAUAUUUCUAUUGAACUGUGAAAUGUUAUGUGCUGUCAUUUAUUAUACUUAAAUAUAGUUAUGGAAUUUACGAAACAUCUUUAAUUAUGUGGACUAUUCUAAUAUUUGAAGA